CAGGAGCCCGGCCCUGCUGACGGCGGGGGGCCAGAGCCCGGGGCGCUCUCCCGGCGCGCGAGGGCCCGAUCGCGAGGCCGCGGAGAAGGCAGCAGGUGCGCCGCCCGGAGGGGGCGCGGCGCGGCGCCCCGGGAUGCGGACGCCGGUGGUGAUGACGGUGGGCUUGGUGUUUGCGCCCUGCGGGCUGCUGCUCAACCUGACCAGCACGCUGACGCCCGGCUGGCGGCUGGUGAAGGGCUUCCUCUACGAGCCGGUGGACGUGGUGCUCUACCAGGGCCUUUGGGACAUGUGUCGCGAGCAGAGCAGCCGCGAGCGCGAAUGCGGCCAGGCCGACCAGUGGGGCUACUUCGCGGCCAAGCCAGUGCUCGUGGCGCGGGGGCUCAUGGUGACGUCGCUGGCCAUCACGGCCGUGGGGCUGCUGCUUGCGUCGCUCGGCGUGCGCUGCUGGCAGGACGAACCGCGCGCCGCGCUGGCGGGCCUCUCCGGCUUGGUGCUCUUCGCCGCGGGUCUCUUCAGCCUCAUCCCGGUCUCCUGGUACAACCACUUCUUGGCAGACCGCGCCAUCCUGCCCGCCCCGUCUAGCCCGGUCACGGUGGAGGUCAGCUACAGCCUGGUGCUGGGCUAUCUGGGCAGCUGCCUGCUGCUGCUCGGCGGCUUCUCGCUGGCGCUCAGCUUCGCGCCCUGGUGCGAACAGCGCUGCCGCCGCCGCCGCAAGGCGCCCUCGGGCAGCGCGCGCCGCAGCAGCAUCAGCACCGUGUACGUCGACUGUCCCGAGCCCGCGCUCACGCCCGCCAUCAAGUACUACAGCGAGGGCCAGCACCGGCCGCGGCCCGUCGAGCUCGGCGCCGCCGGCACGUCCAAGGUGGGCUUCCCCAUGCCGCGGCCGCCGCCCAAGGCCUACAGCGACCCCGAGGUGGACGUGCUCGACGGGGAGAAGGAGGCCGACUCCCGGGAAGCCUCCUCGCGCAGCACCCAGUCCUGCCACAGCCCGCUGCCCUGCGACUGCGACCUGUAGACGGCGCCCCGCAGCCUGCUCUGGCCGGGCUCUGUCAGGACGGAGGACUCGCCCCACCACGGCCCUACCUUGCACUUGUCUGUUACCUGGCCGCUGGAAACACCUGGCUCGGAGUCACAGCCCCAGACGCGUUCCUGUAACUUGUUUGGAGAGGGAUCUUCCUUUCCUGUGGCCAGACUGGGCUCCUUGGACGGUUAGUUCAGGUUGGGUUUGGUUUUCUUUAUAUAGAGUUUAGCUUUCCUCUCCGGAGGAACCAGGGUCCUCUUAAGGAGUGAUAAGCUUUUCAUACUUUUAGCUGAAGGAGCUAUAGAAAGGGUGACUUUUGCAUCGUGUUAACCAGGGACAAUAACACCAAAAAGUCAAAAUCAGCAAAUAGAAACUCAAAAAUGAUUUAACACCUUGAAACAACAAUACUCUGAGAUGCCCAUGAACCA